AUGGAAUCAUGUGUAGCCGCGAUAAUUUACUCGGUUCAUUCGAAAAAUUCUGUGUUUCAGAAAAUGCGGGUUAGAUCCUUGAAAAUGGAUCGAGAUAGAGUUGAUGCUUUUGAUAAGCUAACGUUAUUCUCUUGUAAUGAGGACCCGUCUCUGUCAUGGUCUACUAAAGGCUCUUUUCAUGCAGAAAGAUGGAUUCCUGUAACUCCACAUGCAGCCAGUGGUUUUCUUAUUUCUGACUGUAAUUCAUCAAUGAAUUCUACAUUGUCUGUUGAUUUAGAAUUAGAAACUGAUUCUGUUUCCGAAACAUGUUCCGUCUCAUUUACUUUACAUCCAGAUUACCAAAAUGACCAGGGUCUACUUUGCCUUCCAGUUUCUUCUGUUAGCGGUAUUUUGGAUGAAAUUUACCUGUACUAUCUGUUUAUAUUUGGCUACACACCACUUCGUACGGAUCACAGAACACCGCUGUAUUUACAUCUCAAUUCAGUCAAAUCGUCUGUAGAUCAAAAUCCAGCCUCCAAACCUAUUAUAGUUGGUCAUGCUGGUGCCGGUGUAAAACGUGCGCACUAUGGCAAAGGGCUUGAAUGGCCUGAAAAUACAAUAUGUGCCUUUAGACGUGCUGAGCAACUUGGAGUUACAAUGGUAGAGUGUGAUGCCGGCAUUACAAAAGAUUCCGAAAUUGUUUUACACCAUAACUUCACACUAGGAGUUUGUGAGCAACCGAGAAAAUGUGAAAACGAUCCACCAACCUUCAUUUUAGAACAUGAACCUGACGGCGCAGUAAAUGAAAAUAGCACAGAUUUGAUUGUGAACUAUCGAUUAUCUGAAAUUCGUAACCUUUUGAGAAAGGUUAAUAAAACAUUUGGUUAUACAAACAUUACCCGGAGCCAGUAUCCUAGUCCUUUAACAAUGGGUGAUCCUAUGCCAAAUAUUCAUGGUAAUGAGGCUGAACCAGUACCAUUAUUAAAAGAUGUAUUUUAUCAAACUUCCACCAAUCUCAGCUUCAACGUGGAGCUAAAGUAUCCCGUAGAAACGCCAUAUAAUCUAAUCACUAAAGAAUUGGUUAAACAUAAUUCUGUCGAAUCUUCACUACCAACACCGUCCUCAUAUUUCUGCAAAAUCAACAAAUUCUGUGAUACAAUAUUAGAUGUUAUAUGGUCAAACGCCGGACCAAGAUAUGUUAUCCUGUCUUCAUUUAAUCCUGACGUAUGCUUGGCACUGCGAUUAAAGCAAUCUUUUUUACCAGUUCUGUUUAUUUCCCGUGGUGGUUAUCCAAGUGAUAAUGAACACAGAUCAGAUCCUCGACAUCACAAUAUAUUCUCUGCAGCAAGUUGGGCACAUAUAAUGAAUUUGCAUGGAGUUGUUACAGUGGGUUAUCAUUUCGGUUCAACACACGAUGUGGACGAUGACCAGGUCAAAUCUCUUGUAGCAGAUUUGGAGAGUAAAAAAUUAUCCUGUUUUGUGUACGGUGAUGGUGUAUCCGAAAUGAGUUUUUACAGAAAAGCAUCUCAGCUUAAUUUGACCGGAGUAAUAGUUGAUCGAUUAGAUGAAUUUAUGAACAUUUUUUAUGAACAGUACGGAACAAACAUGCAGUCGAAAUCUCCAAACCCUUAA